CCUCGGCAGCAGCCCCAAACUGAGCGAGCUGUCGGAGGGCGCGCCUGCGCAGUUCAGCAUCUGCCAGCCUCCCGUCUCAGGGUGUAGAUUCUGAAACAGUAGAGAAAAAAAAAUAAAGAAACGGAUGUGCUUCAAAAAACGACACGGCUACAGCCCUCCAGAUCAUUUUAAUGCAAAAAUUUAUACAGGCCCUAUACCGGCAGAGAGACAGCCUCCGAUGUCGCGGAAUGAGACCUCCCCAAGCAGGGCACAACAGGCUGGCAACCAGCGACCCAACACCUGCUGCUUCUGCUGGUGCUGCUGCUGCAGCUGUUCAUGUCUUACUGUUAGGAAUGAAGAUGAGAACCGGCCACGAAGGAAGCCCCAGGAGACCAAACUGGAGACCAUCCCAAACUGUGAAGCUUGCACCAAACCAACGGCGGAGGAAAUGCGUCUUUGGGCACAGUCCUUCGACAAGCUGAUGAAAAACCCGGCAGGAAGGAAUGUCUUCAGGGAAUUCUUACGAACUGAGUACAGUGAGGAGAACAUGCUAUUUUGGUUGGCAUGUGAAGACCUUAAAAAAGAAGUUAACAAAUCAGUCACUGAAGAGAAAGCAAGGAUGAUCUAUGAGGACUAUAUUUCUAUACUGUCACCCAAGGAGGUAAGCUUGGAUUCCAGAGUUCGCGAAGUUAUAAAUAGGAAAAUGCAGGACCCAACAUCUCACACUUUUGACGAUGCACAGCUUCAGAUCUACACGCUAAUGCACAGAGACUCAUAUCCUAGGUUUCUGAACUCCACUUUAUACAAGUCAAUGGUUCAGAGCACCUCACGCUCAUCUUCGGAGUCAUAGUGGCCCUUUGUACCCGCUGCACAACCACUGAGGAGAAUCCAGAACCUUUGGAGUUCAUUUUAUAGCCCUUUUUAACGCACCAUGUCAGAAUUGCUGAUCUACAGAUUAACUGGAAGAUACAGGGUCAUCAUCAUGUGACAUUCUUUCUCUCCUACCCCGCUACUAUGAGGACGACUACAACUACUACUACUAGUACUACUGAUUUCCCUGUUGCCAAAUGUGUUUUUAAGGAAAAUAGUGAUGAAGACUGCAAUAAGACAUUGUCCUACUUGGAUGAUCCUGAGGGGGUAGGCUUUUAUUGUAAAAUGUGUUGUUCAGUCUCCAUUAAAUAGGCUCUUGGCACAUGCAGAAGCCAGCGCUGAGUGUAAUACCACACCUUCUUUGAGGUGUGUUUUGAUGGAUGGAAGUCUUUCUAGUCGAAUUUCAAGUAUGUCUUACUCUGCUUGGCAAAUUGAUGGCUCAAAUACAGAAAUAUUAGAAAUAAUUCCACCUGAGGCAUUUGUUUCCUGGUAUGUACAGUAUGGGUCUGUAUUAAAUUGAGAUCAUAGCAGGGCUAUUGUGUCUGUGCCAGUGUCUGUAUAGACGUUUUAUUUAAUGGGCCUUUAGCACUGCUAUAUCUGUAGAGGUGCUAUGUUUUUGUAUUUAAUUCAGGCCAUAGUAUUAAUAGUGGAUGUUACCAGAGAGUCUGCUUUUCUCCUCAACAGGUAAUAAGUCUUCAUGCCCUUUUGUCAAUGAUGUGCCUCAAUCCUAACCCAACAGGAUUAUCUCUAUUAAAGUAAGAGCCUUAGAAUUUAGGGCUAGGGUUCUCUCAAGCCUACAGAGUUGUUUGCUUCUGGUUUAGUAACUUUAUUAUGUUCAUUUUUUUUUGUCUGAAAGAAUUGCGCUAAUGACGAUUUGGAGAUUUGAGAAUCUAGCCCUCAGUGACAAAGUGCAUGAGGCUGAUAUUGAAUAGAAAUACAUAUGGGUUAUAAAUACAGUGCUUACCUAACAAAUAAGCCUUGCUGAUUUACUGUACCAAAUAGAGCUGCCAAUUAUUCAUCCAGCUGUUAAAAAGUCCUAGUUUUUUGCAUAUUUUAUACUGAUUACUAGUUAUUUCCUCCACAGCUGGGUAUCUUUUUUGUACUGUGUACAAAGGGGAAAAAAACUUAUAUAAUCAUUUUCUCUAAAUGGAUCCUAAGCUGUUAAGUGAUCAGUGUAAUAUACCUAAGAAUUUACCAGUGGUUAAUUUAGUGAUCCUGACUGAAUAUACUGCCAACAAACACAUCUUGCCACAUCUCAAGAAACGUAUAAAUUGUUAAAUUCUCUAUUCAAAAUGUAAUGUCCUUUUUAUAUUUUUGAGACUUGGACUGCCAAAAAAUAUUAUUUUUCAAUGUAGUUUUUACCACAGAGGUAUCGUUUUAAAAAGAUUUUAUUGUCAUUAUUCGUGAAUGACUUAAAACUUUGUCCAGUAGAUAAAUGUUUCUGCUUCCUGUCUUCUUCGGUUGUAGAGUUGUUCCUUUUGGAGAAAAAGAACUCCAUAGCAUCGUAUUUCUCUACGCAAGCAAACUAUUACACCGUGAUGCACUGUGCAUGACUUAGCUCUUUUUACAAGGACUAAAAAAACCUCCUUACACAAAGACAGAAAUGAUAACUUUUAGCUAUAUUUUGGGUUUGCCAAAAAAGGCAUCCCAGUGCAUGAAUUAUAAUUAUCGAGAAAAAAAAAAAGAAUAAUAAAUUAACCAGAUUAUUUCUCUCUUGUGAAAUGCUAUUUGAUAACAUUUCCAAAUUCAGAACCCCAAAACAGAAUACUGAUCCAAGUAAGAGCCUUGUAACGUUUACCUGUGUGGCUGAAAGGAGCCUGUUUACAGCUAAGAAGGAAAAAAAGAUUUAUCAACAAAAAUGUACUGAAGUUGCAUUAUCUCUUUUAGGCAUAAUGUCAGACUAUAUAUAUAUAUAUAUAUAUAUAUAUAUAUAUAUAUAUAUAUAUAUAUAUAUAAUGAAGUCAGGAAAAGAGGAAUACUGCAACUUGAUGUGCUAUUCUUUUAGAGUAACAAAUGCUUUGGGUGUAAAGAACUUAUUUUUGUGCUAGAGGGUUUCUUUGAUGGGCAUAUAUAUAUAUAUAUAUAUAUAUAUAUAUAUAUAUAUAUAUAUAUAUAUAUAUAUAUAUAUAUAUAUAUACAUGUAUUGUCAUUUUUUUCUUUUACUUAAUGUGACUGCUAGGCCAUGUUAAGUGCAGUGACGAUUUCCUGCUACCUGUGGGCAAUGCAGGAACUGCACUGGAAAUUUGGUCAAAGGCUAUGGAUCCAAAACAAGCCCUCUGGCCAGUUAUUGUAGUUUUUAUACAUCUGCAAAUGUAGAAGCCCAGUUUCUGAUUAUCCAUACAGCUGUUUUGAUUUGGGACCGUGCACAACGGUGUUAUGUUGCAUUUUGUAAGUCACGAUCCACUGCAGUCGAUGGAGGAGCUCCUCUUACUGCGUGUCACCUCGCGCAGCAGUCAUUAAUACAGCUGUACACAUUUGAAAUAAAAGCCUGCUGAUGCUUGUUCAACGGGUAAAUCCUAUUAAACAAAAGCCAGCAUUAAGGGUACAGGUUUGGUUUUGUGACUUACAAAAUGUUUAUAGAUGUGGUAGUGUGUCAUCUUCUGUAUGGUAUCAGAGCUCCUCAAUUCCUGAUACCAGAACACCAGAGUUCACCCUCUUAUAACCAGAAGAGGUUAGUUCAUAUAGCAGGGUACGACACUUACAGUACAUGCAGGCUACAAUACAUAGUUUGAACUGCUUAUGGAAAUUGAAAAUGAAAGCACUUGUACUUAGAUUCUGUGUAAUAAUAUAUACUGCACAUGUAUGCAACUAAAACAUGUCAAAGGGGUCUGUUUGAGUGGUCUUUGCAGCAGCAUACUGCUAUUUUAAAUACCACGAUCCUUGAGCUCAUGUUCUAACUGGGAUCUUUUUCCACUGUUUUUCGUGAGGGGUCAAAAACUCACCCCUGGAGGAAAAGACACAGACUGGUAGAGUUAAACUAACACUUGAAAUGUAUUUGCUUGCGAUUGUAAGUCGCCCUGGAUAAGGGCGUCUGCUAAGAAAUAAAUAAUAAUAAUAAUAAUAGUUAAAAGGCGCAUUAGUAAAAUAAGACUCCGCAAACAACCACCUAUAGAAAUUGAAAGUUCAAUGAAAGGUGUUUUCUGCAUCUGCUGGGUAAUGCAAUUAGAAACUGGGUUGAACACACCGUCAUUAAUUAAUAUUGAAAAUGUGUUGGGUUGGUAUACAUUUUAUUUUAGUCAUGUUUUUGUUUUUUUCCUAAACAAUUGUUAGCAGUAUACAAGUUUAACCAAAAGUUGGUAUUUGUACCUGAUACUUUCUGGUGAAUUUGAGCAGUCAUGUUUGGACCUUAUUUUAAAGGGUAAAGGUGUGAUUUGUGUACAGGUCAGCCCUCCGUCCUUAAUUACUCCUUUGUUUUAUAGCUUCACCUUCUUCACCAUAUAUUUUAUGAAAUGUUUUAAGCAACACUGUUCACAAGGAUUAGCAUGUAACUUUAGCCAGGUUAGAGUGCCAUAGAAUAUGGUACCACUGACUUACUGUGUAUGUGACCAGUUUCAAUCUUUGACCUGACCAAAAGGAUGACGUUUGGACAGUUAUUUUAUUUAUUUUUUUACAAAGAUUACAAAUGAUGUUUUAAAAAGAUUUAAAAACCAUAGGACCAAGGUGUUUUUUUUAUUAUUAUUAUUAUUAUUGUUGUUGAUGUUAUUAUUUUAACUUUUAAUUGUGUUAUUUCGGAAGGUAAGAUAACCCAGUUGUGGCUUUCUAUUUAAUUUCAGUACACAGAGGUCCUUAGUAGGGCUGGUUUGAUCUUUCCUGGGUUAUCUGUAAGCCUUACUAAUGACGAAUGGAAUUCACUCAGCUCUGCUGCUUUAAAUGAUUGAAAUAAAGGUUUUGUGUACAUUGUAUAGGAUAAUUACUGUGUCAAAAAAGACAAAUUCAGUGUAUGCCUGAACAUGCCACAACAUGUGAACUUUAUAUAACAUGAAAUUAGUCAACAAGGCAUACCAUCACCCAUCCCAUGAACAUAUGGUAAGCGUACAAUUUAAAACAUAAAAGUUAACCAAGCCAAUUUACGUUGAGUGAAUGUGUGGUGUUGAUUACAAGAAUGGAGUACCCGUAAGCCUGUUUUGUUAGAUUACUUGUUCCCAUGUCAUAUAUCUGCCAUGUUACAGUACGUUUCCUUCAAUUUUAUAUUUAUAAAAGUGAACUGAGAAAUAGUGUAAAGAGUAUAUGUGGUUCUCCCACUUUUAAAUGCAUUGAGUGACAAGGGACACAACCAUGCCAGUUUAUAUUUUAUAUAUAUAUAUAUAUAUAUAUAUAUAUAUAUAUAUAUAUAACAACUACAGAAAUGCCUUUUAACAGUGUAUUACAUUCCCACAGCACAAAUUGCAUUUAUCAAAUGUUUCUUUUUGGAUAGUCAGUGUCAGUUCUUAUGAAAAAAGGGUUGGAAUAAAUCUAUAUAUAAAAAUAAGUGUCGAAUUUAUUCUGAAGAGAUGUGUGACAAGGAGCUAGUAUGUUACCUACCACAUAUUGUCAAGUGUUACUAGAAAUCGUACUGUUGUUAGAUACAAAGGUCCUUCCAAGGGGUUGCUCAACAAUUUCUUACAUUUAACAGUGGAUUCAAUUGGAUAGGAAUGAGAUUGCAUUGAUACCUCUAUUCCUUGAUAAAUAUAUGACUUUUAUAUUUCCAACGUGCAUGAGACUAAGCCUCAGAUAAUAGAUAUUAGACAAAGAAAUGGACUGAAAUUUACAUUGGAAAUCUCUCCCUUUUUGAAGUGUUAUUUGUGCACUUCAGUUGCUUUCCAAGUUUCUUGCGGAGUACGUUCUCUGUUAUCCUCUAUUCAUUUUAUUCCAAUACCUGCCAGGGUCCCAGGUCAUAGCUAAACUGGAAGCAACCAAUGUAAGUGCCUCGGUACUAACAGUGUUAAUUCUUGUUAAGUAUUCCUUUGUACAUUUUUUUCAAUGUAUAUGUCAGUGUUAAUACAAAUUUAGGUACUUUGACUCUUGAGCCAGUGUACCUAAAACUCUUCUCCAGCAAUUAAAUGGAUCACAAACAGGUUUUGGUCUGGACAACCCCAGAUCUCAACAUUUUUUGUUUCCUGUGUCCAGGCUGGACAGCUGGGUGGGGAGGUCUCCUUGGUAGCUAGUGUAUCUGUACUGUAUCUUUUGACAUGUCAUACUCAAAAUAAAAUGCGAAUAAUAUAGCGUUAUACAUCCCCACGUGUUGCUACAACUGUUUAAAUAAUUUUUCUUUUCAAUGUUAACAUCCUGACAACUUUUUACACUUAAAACUUUAAAGUCUGUUUCAAAGCUCUUUUCAAAAUGGCCAUUGUAGUGCAUCUCUCCUCUAAAUCACUGCAGGAAGAGCGAUUUAAAGAAAAAAAUGAAGAGCUCCGGCUUUUCUGUUCCGUACCACAUCAUGGAUCUUUAUUGCUGUGUUACCUGUCUGACAUUGUGGGCAAUAAUCCUAAAACUAUCAGUGCACUAGAGUGGCCUUUUUGAAAACAGCUUUGAAAAAAACUUUAAAGUUGUAAGUGGAAAUAGUUGUCAGGACUUUAACAAAGAAAAAUGACAGGUACAUUAUUUAAACAGUUGUAGCAACAAAUGGGGACGUGUCACGCUAUAUUUUUCGGAACCCCUCCACUUACUCUUUAAGUACACAGCUCCAAAAAUGUUCUGCAAUUCCAGCGGGGAGAGGAAGGAGGCGGGGGGCCGAUGAAUCUUCAUCCCCUAGCCUUGAUUGAUAUCUGACCCCCCUCAGGUGAGGGAGGUUCCCACCAGAACAGAAAGCGAGUUAGUUCAUGUAUGACAAGUCCUCUUUAAACAUUACAAACAGUCUAUCAGAGAGAAGUAUUAUCUCAGCGCACAUUUCAAUGUAAUAGUUGCUCUGAAUUGCCCGUGGACAGAUGCUAGUAUUUCCAGUGAAUCUUUACAGCUGAUGUCUGUCUGGCAGACCUAUGUCUUUUGAGGGCUUUGAUUUCACUCCAUCCCAUGUUUGGGAAAUCAUAGAUUUCGAUUUGAUUAGCAAGUUUAGAUUGAUAGAUAUUCUGUGUUAUAUGUUAAAGUGCCCAACAUUUGACUGCUGUAAAAUAUGAUUAUAUUUUCUCUGGCGAACGUUAGUUAUUGUAUGUUGGAUUGCAACAAGCAAAUUAAUUCAUUUAAAUAUUUGUGUUACAUGGGUGAACUUGUGCCAAUUACACGCACAUAUGGAUACGUUUAGGACUGAACAUUUGCAGUCUGACCCUGUAUGUAUUUUAUAGGAAAAAUUCAACCAAGCUUGGGUUAUGUAGUACAGCAGAAUUGUGUGUGAAUGUGUACUCUCCUGUCAAAUGAGAGUACACAUGCAGGCAUUACUUAAUUGAAAAGUUACCAGAAUUGUGAACUGCAUGACAUUUGAAUACACUUUUACUGUUAGGAUGAGUAACUUUUAAAAGAAGGAAAAAUGGGGGAAUGGAUGCUGCAGCUUUAGAAUGUUUCCUUAAUUUUGCUGCUAUGUUCCCAGUUCAAGACUCAUUUAUUUAAAAUCGUUUAUGGGGAAGUCAACUUUUUUUUUUUUUUUUUAAACAGAUUUAUUUUAUGAAGACCCCUUUUUUAUUUUACAAUGACUGUAUAUCCUCCUUACAGGACCUAUUGUAGUUUUGCACCGUGUCAACUUUGGUUUCUACUGUUUGAAAAAUAAAAUUUUAAGUUAACUACA